GUGUUCUUAUAACCGCCAUAAAGAGCCUUUGAUAAGGAAGCAGUGAUCUCGCCCCCCUCCCCAAAGACGGCAAGAUGCUCCAGGACUCGUGUUCAAGAUUUUGGCUAAUUUAGGACGUUGUAGGUGAUUUCUUCUAGCUACAGCUCUGCAAAAUAAGAAGAGAAUGUCCAGUAGGGACUAUCACCGAGAUCGGGGGGACAGGCAAGGGGAAGACAACCUACCCGCCAUGCAUACCAUCUUCCAAGGAGAGGUUGUUUCACUGCAGCCAUAUGGGUGUUUUAUCAAGAUCCCAGGAUGCAAGAAAAAUGGUUUGGUACACAAGUCUCAGAUGUCAGCAUCUCGAGUAGAAGACCCGAAGGAGGUUGUAGACAUGGGAGACAGGGUGUACUGUAAAGUCAUCUCACUCGGGGAAGGAGGCAACGGGAAGAUCUCCCUCUCCAUGAAGGUCGUUAACCAAGGAGAUGGGCACGACCUUGACCCCAACAAUGUUGCUAUUAGUAUGGAAGAACAGCGGAAGAGAAACCCCAAGAGUUAUGAGCGACAGAAAAUUACCCUUGGAGCCGUGCUGAACACAACUUGCAGAAAAUGUGGUGGAAAAGGUCACAUGGCUCAGGAUUGUUUCAGUGGCGCGGAUGGGAAGAAGUACGAACUCUUGCCAGAGGAAGAUGAAACAACGUCCACACAACAGUCAGCUCCACAGACCUCUCAGGAAUCCAAGAAAAGGAAGAAGAAAAAGAAGGAAAAAAAGCACAAGAAGUCGAAGAAGAAGCACAAGCGUCACUCUGACGACAGCAGCUCUGAAGACUCCAGCUCAGAUGAGGAAGACCGACACAGAAAAAGACAUAAACACAAGCACAAGAAGGAACACAAAAAGGCGCGAGCGAGCGACUCUGAUUCAGACAGUGACUCGGAUGAUAGAAGUCACAAAAGACACAAGAAGCACAAGAGAUAGUCUUUUUAUGACACUGUAGAAUGUUAGUGAAAGAUUCAGUACACUGU